CAACUCCAAUCCUGUGAAGGUAAGUGGGGCCGGCAGCAUUCCUGCCCGCCCAGGUCCGUCAGGAGUCGAUAAUACCAUCCCCACUGAUCUUAUCUGACUUCUUAUUGCUAGUCGAAUUUCAGGGAAGUUAUUGAUUGUCAUCCAAGUGUUACAAGGGAAAUCUAUCGUGAUUUGGAACGGUACAUCAAGCAUCAUUAUUCAGGGUCAGCCUUUCUAAUACAAGUUGAGUUUGGAGAAACAUUAUAUUUCCAUUACUUCCAAGAAGGUAUGGCUGCGAUUUUCAAAUUCCCCGGUGUGGCUUUUAUUACUGGCGCUGGCGGCACAGGAAUUGGGGCCGCAGUCGCCAGGAAUUUCGCCAGGUCAGGGUGCUCUCGCAUAGCCAUCACCGACAUCAACAAGAAGUCUCUCGAUCAAACUCAGGAGGCAAUCUUGAGGAUCAACCCUAAGGUCCAAGUAUACAGUCAGGAAGGGGACAUUUCUGACGACACUUUCGUCGAUUCCUUUACUGCGAGCAUAUCCAAGGCGUUCUCCCAAAUCGAUUACGCCGUCAACUGUGCUGGCAUCUUGGGUGACUCUCUCCGCUCAACAGAGACGUCAGUCUCUGUAUUCGACAAGAUCAACAACGUGAAUUACCGAGGAAUGUGGCUGUCGUCACGCGCUGCUCUCUCUCAGAUGUUGAAGCAAGAACCACUAGCGGACCACCCGGGGCAACGAGGCGCUAUUGUCAAUAUUGCAAGCCAGCUCGGCAUAGUCGCACGGCCAGGUGCCGCGCCGUACUGUGCAAGCAAGGCAGCGAUAAUUAAUAUGACUCGGUCAGACGCCAUUGACUAUUCGCGUGAUGGCAUCCGAGUCAACUGCGUCUGUCCAGGUGUCAUAGACACGCCCAUGACGACGAGCUCGGAAGAGAUGAUAGCGCGACUAAAGCCCGCUAUUGACAUCGCGCCGAUGCAACGGAUGGGGACGUCUGAGGAAGUCGCCAGUGCUGUGUUGUUCCUUUGCUCGACCUCGUCGUCGUUCAUUCAGGGGCAUGCGCUGGUUGUGGAUGGUGGUUAUACGAUCAGCUAGGGUUGUCAGUGCGCAGAUGGAAAACG